ACAUCAUGUCAGAAGUUGAAACGAAUGUCAGCUCAUAUGUCAAACAUGGCGGAGCUGAUUGCGAUUCCUUUAAAAAAGCCUUCGGACGUCGACGUGGUGAAACCGCUCACUAAUGUCAUCCAAUCGACAUACAGCGGUACAGGCAAAGAUUACACGGAGGCCAUCGCAGAGUUCAGCAAGUUACGAAAUAACGCUUUGUGGCGCGCCUUUGAGAAAUAUGAGAGCUCCUUGCAGGUUAUCUACAGCUAUUACGAUCAAUUAUGCGCUCUGGAAGGAAAAAUUCCUGCACAUGAGUUGCAAAUACCAUUCAAGUGGAAAGACGCCUUUGACCGUACAAUUUUUGGAGGAAAACUUAGUUUGACAAUCAGUACAUUGGCGUAUGAAAAAGUAUGUGUGCUCUUCAACAUUGCUGCUUUACAAAGUUCAGUGGCAGCUACGCAAUCCUUAGACAGCGACGAAGGAUUAAAAUUGUCAGCAAAAUUAUUUCAGCAAUCAGCUGGAAUACUUAAUCAUCUGAAAGGAAACGUUAUGAUGGCAAUUCAACAAGACCCGACGCCCGAUAUUACUCCAGAAACACUCGGAGCAUUGAGCGCACUAAUGCUUGCGCAAGCACAAGAAAUAUUUGUGCAUAAAGCGAUCCACGAUUCUAUGAAGGAUGGCAUCGUUGCAAGACUAGCAGCGCAAGCGGAAGAAUUGUAUGCGGAUGCUCUGAAAUUAUUCCAAAAGGAAAUCUUUCGUGCAUUUUGGGAUAAGGAAUGGGUGCCACUAAUUGCGGGUAAACAAGCUGGUUAUCGCGCUAUGGCUGAAUUUUAUCAAUCGCUUGUAUGCAAGAAUAAUAAAUUGAUUGGAGAAGAAAUUGCUAGACUGGAGCAUGCUGUGGAGCUGUUCAAAGCUGCUCAACAGAGAUCAAAUAAAUCACAUUUGUUCCAAGAUUACGCUAACAAAGCACAGAGAAAUCUGACAGAAGUGAAAAAAGAUAAUGAUUUUAUAUAUCACGAAAGGAUUCCAGAUAUCAAAAAUGUGCAAGCUAUAGGAAGAGCUAUCGUUGCUAAACUACUUCCGCUACCUGAAGUAUUUAGUACCGAUUUUAAAGAUUUGUUUGCUGAACUGUUGCCUCUUAAUAUACGCCACGCAUUAUCAGCAUAUGAAAAUCGUCGUAAUGAAUUAGUUAAUUAUGAAAUUUCGAAUCUUCGUGAAAUGACUCAACUUUUAAAUAGCGUUCUAGCGAGUUUGAACUUACCAGCUGCUAUAGAAGAUACAAGUGGAACGGAAAUACCUGAAUCACUUUUGGAUAAAGCGCUUAGCGUGCGAGAAUUGGGCGGAAUAAAAACUUUGGAAGAAUCUAUGAAAGACUUGCCGGAUUUAUUACAGCGUAAUAAAGAACUUCUAGACGAGUCCGAAAGAAUGCUGCAAGAAGAACGUGACUCUGACAAUCAAUUAAGAGAACAAUUCAAGGAACGUUGGAAGCGAACGCCUAGUGCUCGAUUGACAGAACAAUUUACUAACAAUUUACAAAAAUAUCGUGAAAUUAUAAAUAAUGCAGUUACUGCUGAUAAGGUAGUACGUGAGAAAUAUGAAAGCCAUAAAGAAGGAAUCGAAAUCCUAAGUUUAGAUGAGGAUGAACUUGCUAGAGCUAUUCCGCAAGGCACCGCUCUUCAAGAAAGUAAUGCUGUUAUUAAGCUCAGAAAAUUAAUGGAAGAUGUAACUACAUUAAAAACUGUACGAGAUACUAUCGAAAAUGAAUUUAAAUUCGCUGCCAAUGAUAUGAAAACGACAUUUCUUUCGGCACUUGCUAAAGACGGCGCGAUCGACGAACCAAAUAUAUCCGUCGAAAGUUUGGGAAAGUGUUAUGGGCCUUUGCAGAAGCAAGUACGAGAGAGUAUAGCACAGCAGGAAAAAUUAGUUACUGAAAUUCAGAAUUGUCAUGCAGAAUUUACGAACGAACAAGCUGGCAGCGGUAGUGCGCGAGAAGCGAUGCUCUGUAAAUUAGCUUCCGCUUACGAUGCGUUUAAAGAACUAAAAAAUAAUUUAGUAGAAGGAGCUAAAUUUUACAAUGAUUUAACGCAGCUACUCGUGGUUUUCCAAAAUAAGAUAUCCGACUUCUGUUUUGCUCGGAAAACUGAAAAAGAGGAACUCUUGAAAGAUUUAACCACGAACCUAAGCCAGACCGGUCCUGCUGCUACACCGAACAUUCCAUCUCAUCACAGCAGUGGUCCUUCCGGUAUAAAUCCAACACCAGAAGUCGCCGCACCAUCGCCGCAGCUACCUUAUCCAAUCCAACAUCAAGGUGGUAUGCCUAUACCUUAUGGUGCUACGCCAGCAACACCGUAUCCUGCGUACGUUCCUCCACCGAUGCCGACGGCGUACAAUCCAUAUGCUACAAUGCCAUAUCCUACGCAAGCUGGAUAUAAUCCGUACCAGAGUAUGCCUCAAGCUCCGUAUGGAGGUUACGCUACGUUACCACGUUACAGCGGUACUCAGCCACCACAUGGACAAAAUCCAUGGUGAACUACAUAAGCAAGGAGUACUGGCAUCUCCUGCGAUUUAAAGUAUAAUCGUAUAUCACGCAUUUUUAUAUAUAAAUUCUAGAAAAAUCUGCAAUUAACAUUGGAUGAUGAUGUUUCGUGUAAUCCAAGGGAGUUUACGUUUACAAUUGUUACACGUUUCAUCGGCAUCGAAUCCUUUAUUCAACACAGAUUGAUCGUUGAAAUUUGUUAAGCUUUAAGCAUCGCUUUAUCAGUUUUGUAGAGGGCUUAUUAUCAAUUUAUAAAUAUAUUUUGUAAAAUAAA